UUUAUUUAAGUCUCCCUCUCUUGCCAGCAACCUGUGGACUUGAGCUCUGACUGGUGCACCGCGGAGGAAGGCUGGCGGGCACGAGCUCAGGUGUCCAACUAGGGGUGACUCGCUGCAGUCUUCCAGGCAAGUCCCACAUUCCGGCUGGCCUGGCGGGGUCUGCACGCAUCCAAGUCGGGGCAAGAAAACAAGAAUGCGCCCUUCUGCCCCCUCGAUUUUCUGCCCCCCUUUAGUACCCGGCCUUAAUUGAGGAGCUGGUGACUAUUGGCUGAAGUUCCCCAGCGAUUUGCAUGAGCGGAGAGGGAGUGUCUUCUGCCGCCCUCCCUGCAGGAGCGCGCUGACUGCAGCCUCCCUGGGAAUGCGCGGCCGAGGGAAUGCUCGCAGCCUGCGGACCCUGGCAGUGAGCUGGCCCCCGGCGACCUGGCACCUUCGCCUGGAUAUGGGGCGUCUACACCGUCCCAGAAGCAGCGUCGACCACAGGAAUUUGCCGCAUCUAUUUCUGUUUCUCCUCUUCGUCGGACCCUUCAAUUGCCUUGCGAGUUACAGUCGCGCCACGGAGCUUCUGUACAGCCUGAACGAGGGACUGCCUGCCGGAGUGCUCAUCGGCAGCCUGGCUGAGGACCUGCGGCUGGUGCCCCGGGCCGCAGGCAGACAGGAUCAGCAUUCCCAACAGUCUGAUCGCACCAGAGCUGAGUGGAAUCCGCCGCUCUCUUUCAGCCUGGCCUCCGGGGGACUGAGCGGCCAGUAUGUGACUCUAGACAACCGCUCUGGGGAGCUGCACACUUCUGCCCAAGAGAUCGACAGGGAAGCCCUGUGUCUUGAAGGAGGUGGAGAGGCUGCCUGGGGUGGCAGCGUUUCCAUCUUUUCUUCUCCUUCCUCUGAUUCUUGCCUUUUACUUCUGGAUGUGCUGGUCCUGCCUCAGGAAUACUUUAGGUUUGUGAAGGUGAAAAUUGCUAUCAGGGACAUCAAUGACAAUGCCCCUCAGUUUCCUGUCUCCCAAAUAUCUGUCUGGGUCCCUGAAAAUGCACCUGUGAACACCCGGUUGGCCAUAGAGCACCCAGCUGUAGACCCAGACAUAGGGAUGAAUGGGGUACAAACCUACCGCUUACUGGACUACCACGGCAUGUUCACCCUGGAUGUUGAGGAGAAUGAGAAUGGGGAGCGCACCCCCUACUUAAUUGUCAUGGGCUCUUUGGACAGAGAAACCCAAGAUCAGUAUGUGAGCAUCAUCAUUGCAGAGGACGGUGGGUCACCACCACUGAUGGGCAGUGCCACCCUCACCAUCGGCAUCAGUGACAUUAACGAUAAUUGCCCUCUCUUCAUGGACUCACAAAUUAAUGUUACGGUCUAUGGGAAUGCUACAGUUGGUACCCCUAUUGCAGCUGUCCAGGCUGUGGACAGAGACUUGGGGACCAAUGCCCAGAUCACCUACUCUUACAGCCAGAAAGUUCCACAAGCAUCCAAGGAUUUAUUCCACCUGGAUGAAACCACUGGAGUCAUAAAGCUUUUUAGUAAGAUUGGGGGAGGCGUUCUACAAACGCACAAGCUCACCAUUCUUGCUAAUGGACCAGGCUGUAUCCCUGCUGUGAUCACUGCUCUUGUAUCCAUUAUCAAAGUCACUCUCAGGCCACCUGAAAUUGUUCCUCGUUACAUAGCAAAUGAGAUAGAUGGUGUUGUCUACUUGAAAGAACUGGAACCCAUCCACACUCCAGUUGCAUUUUUCACCAUCAGAGAUCCAGAAGGUAAACACAAGGUCAACUGCUACCUGGAUGGUGAAGGACCAUUUAGAUUAUCACCCUACAAACCAUACAAUAAUGAAUAUUUGCUAGAGACUACCAAACCUAUGGACUAUGAGCUCCAGCAGUUCUAUGAAAUAGCUGUUGUGGCCUGGAAUUCUGAAGGAUUUCAUGCCAAGAGAAUCAUUAAAGUGCAACUCUUAGAUGACAAUGAUAAUGCGCCUGUUUUCCUUCAACCCCUGAUAGAACUAACCAUUGAAGAAAACAACCCACCCAACGCCUUUUUGACCAAGCUGUAUGCUACUGAUGCUGACAGCGGCGAGAGAGGGCAAGUUUUGUAUUUUCUGGGACCUGACGCUCCAUCAUAUUUUUCCUUAGACAAUGUCACAGGAAUUCUGACAGUUUCAACUCAGCUGGACCGAGAAGAGAAAGAAAAAUACAGGUACACGGUCAGAGCUGUGGACUGUGGAAAGCCUCCCAGAGAAUCUGUAGCCACUGUGGCUCUCACGGUGUUGGAUAAAAACGACAACAGUCCUAGGUUUAUUAACAAGGACUUCAGCUUCUUCGUGCCUGAAAACUUUCCAGGAUAUGGUGAGAUUGGGGUGAUUAGUGUAACAGAUGCAGAUGCUGGGCGAAAUGGAUGGGUGGCCCUCUCAGUGGUCAACCAGAGUGAUAUUUUUGUUAUUGAUACAGGGAAGGGUAUGUUGAGAGCAAAAGUCUCUUUGGACCGAGAGCAGCAAAGCUCCUAUACCUUAUGGGUUGAAGCUGUUGAUGGGGGUGAGCCUGCCCUCUCCUCCACUACAAAAAUCACCAUUCUCCUUCUAGAUAUCAAUGACAAUCCUCCUCUUGUUUUAUUCCCGCAAUCCAACAUGUCCUACCUGCUGGUACUGCCGUCCACGCUGCCUGGCUCCCCAGUUACAGAGGUCUAUGCCGUUGAUAAAGACACAGGCAUGAAUGCUGUCAUAGCUUACAGCAUCAUAGGCAGAAGAGGGCCCAGGCCUGAGUCCUUUCGGAUUGACCCUAAAACUGGCAACAUCACUUUGGAGGAGGCCUUGCUACAGACGGAUUAUGGACUCCAUCGCUUGUUAGUGAAAGUGAGUGACCAUGGCUACCCUGAGCCUCUCCACUCCACAGUCAUGGUAAACCUGUUUGUCAACGACACCGUCAGUAACGAGAGCUAUAUUGAGAGUCUGUUAAGAAAGGAACCAGAAAUUAACAUAGAGGAGAAAGAACCACAAAUUUCCAUAGAACCGACACACAGGAAGGUAGAAUCGGUGUCCUGUGUGCCCACCUUAGUAGCUCUGUCAGUGAUAAGCCUGGGUUCCAUCACACUUGUGACAGGCAUGGGCAUAUACAUCUGCUUAAGGAAGGAGAAAAAGCCUCACAGGGAAGAUGACAAUUUGGAAGUACAAAUUCCACUGAAAGGAAAAAUUGACUUGCGUAUGAGGGAGAGGAAACCAAUGGAUAUUUCCAACAUUUGAUAUUUCAUUGUGGAAUAACAAUGGAAGCUGAUUUAAUUGACUCUGGUGAGUCUUAUUCACCUGGAUAAGAGUGUGUUGAUGGCAGCUCCAAUGAAGGACAACUAAUUUAUAACUUGUGGUAUAUUGUAAAUAGCUGUUUUCAGAUUUUUAAAAUCAAAUCCAGAGGUUAUAUGAUGUGUACAGUGUUUUUAAACGAAAAUUAGUACUAACAGCUAUAGAAAUGCUGUA